AAUCUCUCUCCCCCUCUCUCUCUCUCUCUCUCUCUCUCUCUCUCUCUCUGACACAUCGUUUACUUGUAUAGAUACAAGCCCAUAUCUCUAAAUAUUUCAUUUACCCCUUGUCUCUCUCUCUCUCUCUCUCUUAGCUACAAUUAAUAAUUCUGGUCGGCUGCCCAGUUGGCCAUUCUGUUUAGUACGGGGAUCUUCACUGAAUUCCAGGAUUUUUCUCCAGAUUGACUUUUCCAAGGCCAGUUUCAUCCUUUAGAGCCCUGGGGAACUUGAAAAUUUUAUUGAUUUGGUAGAUGAAUUAAUCACUUUAAUGGGGGCUGCUAAUUCUAGGGUUGAAGAAGAUAAAGCCUUACAGAUUUGCCGAGAAAGGAAAAAAUUUGUUAGACAAGCACUUGAUGGCAGGUGUUCUUUAGCAGCAACUCAUGUUGCUUAUAUAGAGGCAUUGAAAAUCACAGGAAUUGCUCUGAGGAAAUUUGUUGAACCUGAAGCUCCAAUUGAAUCUUCAAUCUAUACUUCCACUAGUGCCACACCUGAACUGUUUGCAUUGACUGAAAGAUCCCUUUCCCAGUUCUCAUUCUCUUCGGUGUCUAAAGCACACAAUGUUGAUCUCGGUGAGAAUGUGUUGCCGUCUCCUCCACCAUACGUGACAUCCCAUGUAAAUCACAUGAAAUUUGGAGGAACGUUCUCGAGAAAAGUUGAAGAAAAACCUGCUGUUCCAGUUACGGUCUCAGUUACUUCAGGCACCCCUCAGAACUCCACACCUGGAAGGCAUGAAGCAUCACCGUUUGAUACUCCUGUCUCGUAUGAAACCCCUCCUUGGGAUUUUUUUGGUCUUGGACAAGCGAGUGAUGGACAAGAAGGGAGGACCGAGAAUAGGGAGGAGGACGAUGGAGUUCCUCUAUCAGAAGAUGAGAGGCACAACAACUCCUCUCCUGGAAGAGAUUCAUCGCGGCAGGAGUCUGAUGAUGAGUUCGAUGAUCCAUCUGCAGAAACACUGGUUCAAAGGUUUGUUAAUGUUAACAACAGGACAAAAGAUCAUAUUUCGAGUAAGGAGUCUCCUGCUAUGAGUGCUGAUGAAGCUGUAACAUCAGAAUUGAAGACCCCUAAUUUGUCACCAUUAAAACCUGCACUGUCAGGAGUUGCUGUUGCGCAUGAUGUAAAGACCCCGGUAAAAGAAUACGAUGUUGAAAAUAAGGUUGCACCUAAGGACUUCUUUUCUAGCAUGAAAGAUAUUGAACAACUCUUCAUGAAAGCAUCAGAAUCAGGAAGAGAGGUACCCCAGAUGCUGGAAGCAAAUAAAAUUAACUUUCGCCCUAUUGUUCCCGGUGCAGGAAGAGGUUCAAUUGCCAAGACACUGUUAAUGUCAUGUUUCGCUUGCGGUAAGGAUCCGAGCCAAGUUCCAGAAGAGCCGGAGCCUCCUCAAACUUCCCCAAAGUACCUGACAUGGCACCGCACAUCAUCAAUUUCUUCUUCAUCCAGAAAUCUGUUGGGUGCGAACUCAACUGACAAUAUUGAUGACUCCUCCACCAAUCUUUUCGAUAACUUUUGUAUGAACUCAGGAAGUCAUGCCUCUACUUUAGAUCGGCUACAUGCUUGGGAGAAGAAACUCUAUGACGAAGUCAAGGCUUGUGAGAUUCUUCGAAGCGAAUAUGAUGCAAAACGGAAGCUGCUCAGACAGCUAGAAUCUUCGGGACAAAGCCAAUAUAAAAUUGAUAGAAUACGAGCUGUUAUGAAGGAUCUGCAUUCGAGAAUUGGUGUUGCAAUUCACAGAAUAAACUCUAUCUCAAGGAAAAUCGAGGAGUUAAGGGAUGAAGAACUUCAGCCUCAACUGGAGGAAUUGAUUGAAGGAUUAAGGAAGAUGUGGGAGGAAAUGCUGAAUUGCCAUGAGAUUCAGCUCCAUAUCCUUUCAAUAGCACAUUCACCUGGAAACAUGAAGCUCUCGAUGAAUAACUCAGAGUCUCGCCGCCAAAUUACCAUCCAUCUUGAAAACGAGUUGAUAUCCCUAUCAUCUAGCUUUACAAAGUGGAUUGGUGCCCAGAAAACAUAUGUCGAAGCUAUAAACAAGUGGCUUUUGAAGUGCGUUUCCCUUAAAGAGCAAUCGUCCAGGAGAAAAAGAAGGCCACCACAACAACCGCUGCUCAGAUACUAUGGCCCGCCCAUAUACAUGAUAUGUGGUGUGUGGUUAGACAUGUUCACCGCUUUGCCUACUAAAGAAGUGACAGAUGCUAUGAAGGAUUUAGCAGCAGAAAUCACACAUUUCUUACCUCGGCAAGAGAAAACCAAAGGAAAGGGCGUGAGGCAUCCUCGUUCAAGGGACUGGCAAAGCGGUGCCAAUAGCGAUCUAGGCAUCCCACCACCACUGAGAGACGAGGCUUUGGAGGACUGGGUAAUGGGGUAUGAUCACUUCCGUACGAGCAUGGCUGUUUUCCUUGGUAAGUUAAACAACUUCGCGGAGUCUUCUGUGAAGAAGUUUGCCGAGCUCCAAAAUUCUACUGAAAAAGCGAAAAAAAGCUAUGCACAGGUGAGGUCAACAGAGCAAUAGUUAUCUCAAAAUCUGAAAUGGCUUCAUAUUCUUGAAGAACACAGUAAUUGUGUGUAUUAUAUUGAAGCAGUGACUACAAGAAAGAAAGAGCAAUCAGCAACUGUGUACAGAGGUGAAAUGAAUUGAAAGAAGUAAAUUCAUUAGAGGUUUUAGCUUUAGAAAAGAUUGGUUGAAAAUUGAAAUAAAAUAAAAGAGUUCAGUAUAGUCAUUUUAUGUGUAGACAGCUGAUGAAUUUUGUAGGACAAAUUUAGCUACAGAUAAAAGAGAAUCAUAUAUAGUACCAGUUUCUUUGUGGAUCAA